CGACUCGAUCCACUUCGACUUCAAGACCCCUCUCCUUGAGACCUUGACCAUUGGUAUAUUGUGUUCAAGAUACGCCCAUCAUGGCCUACACACUUCCCCCGCUCCCUUACGCUUACAACGUGAGUACCGGCCUUCUUCUGCUCUUAUUUGGUUGCUGCAUUUGUCAUUUACUUCCACGUCCAAUCCCGUCACCUGUCGGAAGAACAGCGGAACGGAUUCUUCUUCCCGUCGUCCAAAUGUCCAGCUAACCCAAGCAUAUCAUCCAGGCCCUGGAGCCGCACAUCUCGGCCCAGAUCAUGGAGCUACACCACAGCAAGCACCACCAGACAUACGUCAACAACCUUAACAAGGCCACCGAGGCCUACAACUCCAACCCCCUCCAGAACCGCAUCGCCGUUCUCGCCGCCAUCAACUUCAACGGCGGCGGCCACAUCAACCACUCCCUCUUCUGGGAAAACCUGACCCCCGCUGCCAGCCCGGCCGCCAAGCCCGAGUCGGCUCCCAAGCUCGUCGCCGAGAUCACCAAGAUAUGGGGCGGGCUCGACAAGUUCAAGGCCGCCUUCAACGCCUCCCUGCUGGGCAUCACCGGUAGCGGUUGGGGCUGGCUUGUCAAAGACGAGACCACUGGUCUCUCCAUUGUCACUACCAAGGACCAGGACCCCAUUACCAAGGGCGUCCCCGUGUUCGGAGUCGACAUGUGGGAGCAUGCCUAUUACCUUCAGGUGAGCGCGGAUUCUUGUUGCACACCAUCUCUCUCGUCUUUACGUGUCGCAGAUCUGACAAUGUUUGACCAGUACUUGAAUGGCAAGGCCGCGUAUGUCGAGAAUAUCUGGAACGUGAUGAACUGGAAGACGGCCGAGGAACGUUUCCUGGGCUCCCGUGAGGAUGCUUUCAAGGCGCUCAAGGCUGCU